AUGCUUAAUAAACAGUAUAUAUAACCAAUUCAUACAAACAGAUAUAGUAUAAAGUGCUUUUAAGUAGAAGGAGUUUUAAUUCAUUAAAAGAAAAAAAUCUAUUUUUAAGUUAAAUAAAUUAUCACAAAUAUAAGAAGUCGAAUUUCAAUGAGCAAUAACAUUGGAUCAAAUUAAGCAAUUGAUGGAACAAACAAAAAUAUUCAAAAUUAUGUGCAAGAAUUAAAAAUAUGGAACAAUAAACUUGAACAACUUAAAUAGAAUAGAGAUAUUAAGGAUCGAGAAAACAAGAAAUUAAAAAUUUUAGGAAAAAAAGCUGUUGUUUUGAUGAAUCUAGGAAGAUAUUCUGAGGCGCUAGAAAUUUAUAAUUAUUUACUUAAUCAAGAAAUUGAUUGUAAGACAUAUAUUCAUAGGGGAAUCUGCUUAUGCAAAUUAAACAGAGAUGAAGAAGCGAUACUAAACUACAAUGAAGGAAUAUCAUAAUAUAAUGAUGCCUUUGAACUUUAUUACAAUAAAGGAUAUGUUUUAAAAAAACUAAAACGCUAUGAUGAAGCUAUUAGAAGUUAUGAUAUUUCACUAUAAUAUAAUUAAAAUGAUAUUAGCUCACUUCAUAAUAAAGGAAAUAUUUAUAAAAUUCUCUAAUAACUUGAUAAAGCAAUUGAGCAGUAUGAUGAAAUAUUAAAUAUAGAUCCUUAAAAUAUAAAUGCCUUAAUAAACAAAGGUUUAACUUUAAAGUAAUUGAAGAGAGAUUAAGAAGCAAGUAUUUGCUUUAAAAGAGCUCUAGAAUUAGAUAGCAAUUCAUAAAAAGUUAUUUAUAGAGAAACAAAUUAAUGUACUCUGUGUGAUUCUAAUUUAUCAUGCAAUUUGAUUUGA